GAAAUUACACAACUGGCUCACAGACGGUCACCGCUAACAUCGCCAGUCUUUCUAAAAUCAAAUAAAGCGCGCGAAGAAAUCUGACUAGGGUUUGGCGCUUGACUGAUGCAAGGAGAGCAAGAACAACUCCGGUUAUCGGUUAAACAGUAAUGACGCUUUGAUGCCAUUCCAUCAUUGCUCGGUGGUGCCAACUGUCAACGGUCCGUGCAGGAACGGUCAAGGCCCUCGAGUGAUAGCAUAGCACACAGUAUCUGCGUUUUUUCGGUUGCAGCAGGCCCCCGACGAUUUAUCAGUUGCAGAGAAGCCAUGACUAUUGAAUGCCUUGUUCUGGGGGCCGGGCAGGAAGUUGGGAAGAGCUGUGUCGUGGUCUCAAUUGGCGGGAAGAGGAUCAUGUUUGAUUGUGGGAUGCACAUGGGGUAUCUCGAUGAACGACGAUACCCAGAUUUCUCUCUUAUCUCUGAAUCCGGGGAUUUCGAUAAUGCUCUUACCUGCAUCAUAAUCACUCAUUUUCAUCUGGAUCAUGUGGGAGCCCUUCCUUACUUCACGGAGGUCUGUGGAUAUCGGGGCCCGGUUUACAUGACUUAUCCUACAAAGGCUUUGGCUCCAUUGAUGUUGGAGGAUUAUAGGAAAGUGAUGGUUGAUCGAAGGGGAGAGCAAGAACAGUUCACUUAUGAUCAUAUAAUGGAAUGUAUGAGGAAAGUUAUAGCAGUAGACUUGAAGCAGACUGUGCAGGUUGACAAUGAACUUCAGAUUCGUGCAUACUAUGCAGGGCAUGUUCUUGGGGCAGCGAUGUUUUAUGCAAAAGUUGGAGAUAGUGCUAUUGUCUACACAGGGGAUUAUAAUAUGACACCUGAUAGACAUCUUGGAGCAGCCCAAAUUGAUCGACUACAGAUAGACCUCCUCAUAACUGAAUCAACAUAUGCAACCACUAUACGUGAUUCAAAAUAUGCUCGUGAAAGGGAAUUUCUUAAAGCUGUUCAUAAGUGUGUUGCUGGUGGAGGAAAAGUACUAAUUCCAACAUUUGCUCUGGGAAGGGCCCAGGAGCUCUGUAUACUGUUGGAUGAUUAUUGGGAGCGUAUGAAUCUUGAUAUCCCUAUUUACUUUUCUGCAGGUUUGACUAUUCAAGCCAAUAUGUACUAUAAGAUGCUUAUUGGGUGGACUAGCCAAAAGGUCAAAGAUACAUAUGCAACACGAAAUGCCUUUGACUUCAAGCAUGUUCGCAGUUUUGAGCGAUCUCUAAUAAAUGCCCCUGGACCUUGUGUUCUCUUUGCUACACCUGGGAUGAUCAGUGGUGGUUUUUCACUUGAAGUAUUCAAGGAGUGGGCUCCAUCUGAAAUAAAUCUUGUUACACUGCCUGGGUAUUGUGUGGCUGGAACAAUAGGACAUAAGUUGAUGUCAGGUAAACCCACCAAAAUUGACUUGGAUAAAGAUACUCAAAUUGAUGUGCGAUGCCAGAUUCAUCAGCUCUCUUUUAGUCCUCACACAGAUGCCAAAGGGAUUAUGGAUCUUGUCAAAUUUCUCUCCCCAAAGCAUGUGAUUCUUGUACAUGGUGAGAAGCCUAAGAUGGCCUCAUUGAAAGGGAGAAUUCAGGCUGAAUUAGGAAUUGAGUGUUUCUAUCCUGCAAAUAAUGAUACAGUGCAAAUUCCAUCAACUCAGUAUGUGAAAGUGGAUGCCACAUGUAAAUUUGUCCAGAAUUGCUUGAUUCCAAAUCUCAAGUCUAUACAGAACUGUGUAGAAGGUAAAUUAGAUGUCGGUUCAUCAAAUACUGAGUCCUUUCCAAUGGUGCAGACAGGACACAAGGUAUCUGAAGGAAUCCUGGUUAUGGAGAAAAUGAAAAAAGCACAGAUUGUACACCAGUCUGAAUUGUUGCCAAUGUUGGGAGUGGAAGAACACCAAGUUCAGUUUGCUUACUGCUGUCCUGUACAUGUAAGAAACGUGGAUAACUCCAAAUCACAUGAACAUGGGAGUGAAUCAUCAGAGCCUGUUGGGUUUUCCACUUCUCUACAGCCAUGUGCCAUGUCAAGUUCAUCGAUAAAAAUUGCAGAUCCUUCUUUGGAGAACAUUUUGCUUUCUUCUGAACAAUUUUUGUGGCUCCACCUUUUAUUUGUAGAACUCUCCAACAAAUUUCCAGGUGAAAAAAUCCUAGAAUUUCCUGACAAUCUACAGCUGCAGUCAUUCCAUGUCCAUGUUUGCCCAGAUGCGAACUGCCCAUACAAAGUCAAGGAGGUUAUUGAAGAUAAACCUGCAGUACAUUUUUGCUGCAGGUGGUCUACUCUUGAUGAGAAGCUGGGAUGGAGAAUCAUUUCUGUCAUGCAAGGUUUGGAUUUAACAUAUUCAAGACCUCAUACUCCAUAUUCUAAAAAAAGAAAAUCAGAGACGAGCUCUUUUUAGUCCUAUUUGGACUAUUUACCUUGAGUUCCAAUCUAGCAACUUUCAAAACCAUUUCCAGUUGAGGAUCGUUCCAGUUCAUCCUUGUGGUUAUGAUGACAUAACUACUGAGCUGCUGAGUGGCUGAUCAUUCGUUUGACAAGGAGAAAGUAGUUCAUCGUAUCCUUUAUUUUUGUGUCCAGGCAAAUCGGAAUGAGUUUAGACAGAGUGGGCUCCCCAUAAUACUUGAGUCAAUCAUGCUAAUACGUUUGUUCUGAUGCAUCAUUUUAGUAGGCACUCCAGUUUCCUUGGUCAAGUAAAGAUGGAUACUGAAUUAGAAUACCAUGGGAAAUUCUAGAUCAAACAUGGUGGAAUAGUCUUUGUAGGUGGAAUUCUAAUCCUACCUAUUGCAAACUUUCUAUAUUUUGGGUGGUGUGAGUUAAUACUUUUCAAUGUUUUCCAAGUGUCUCCCAAUAAUUCACACUCCAGAUAAAUAUUCAGUGUUUUUUAUAUAUAUUUUCCAGCCAUGUGUAUCUUAAUGCACA